AUGAAAUUAAAGCAUUUGAUAAUCUUCAUUCUUCCAUCUAUUGUACUAUCCCAUGGAGGCCACGGCUCAGCCCAAGCAACAAAACCAGAAGGUAUAAGUUGGCAAGAUUGGCAUAUGCUCGAAGAACACAAUUUGGAAGAAUAUGAUGCCCAAACAUUCUUCAAAUUACAUGAUCUCAAGGCUAGAGGAUACUGGGAUUCUAAUGAUAUAUUAAGCAUCUAUGGAUUAGCUAAAGAUACCAUGAUUGGAGAUGGGUCUGGAAUGGGUAGUCAUGGCGAUCAUGAUCAUGAACAAAUAACGAAAUCAGUUAAAGACAAAGUACUCAAGACGAUUCUAGAAUUAGUUGAUUCUAAUAAAGAUGGAAAGAUUAGUUCUAAUGAAUGGAUUCAAUUUCAUAAUACUGGAGGAGAAUUACCUGAUUUUGGUUAUGGCGCGGGGCAUCAUUUAGAUUUUGAGGAUGAAUAUGAACAACAUCAUUGGAUGAAAUAUCAUCAGGAUGAUGAUCCUGAAGUUUUGAUUAAACAUAAGGAAGAUAUUGAGCAUGAAAUGUUACAUCAUCAACAUGAGAUUGAAGAAUCUCAUAAUGAACAACCAGAAAUUAGACAAGUGACUAAUAAUUUCUUAUCCAAGAUUAGACUACAUAAUUUAAAACAAAAGUAUAGAAGUAAAUAA